GCUUACUUGGCAACAUUACUUAAAUCUUUAGUUUAUGGUAGAACCGCCGCAUGACAGUUGUAUAGGGAAAAUUAAGAAUUAUGAAGUAGGAUAUUUUUCCAAUUUAUUGUGUUUAAAUGACAGCAGGAAAAGAAACCAUGGGAGAGCAGCCGAUUUUCACGUGCAAGGCGCACGUGUUCCACAUAGACCCGAAGACGAAGCGAUCCUGGAUGUCAGCCAGUUCUGCGGCGGUCUCCGUGUCGUUUUUUUAUGAUUCGUCACGGAACCUGUACCGCAUCAUCAGCGUCGAGGGCACCAAGGCCGUUAUCAACAGUACGAUUACAGCCAACAUGACAUUCACUAAGACUUCGCAGAAGUUCGGUCAGUGGAGCGACGUGCGGGCGAACACCGUGUAUGGACUGGGAUUUGCUUCGGAAGCGGAAUUGGGAAAGUUCAUAGAGAAAUUCCAAGAAGUGAAGGAGGCAAUACAGGCGCAGCAAUGUGGAGCAACAGCGAAAACUACGAACGGCUCUGGAGCUGCGACGCCCGUAGCGUCGGCCACCGCCAGCCCGCUGCUGGCGGCACGGGCCACUACCGGGGAGGAACCUCCGGCACUUUCGCCGGCACAGUUCCCAGUUCCAGUUUUGGCGGAGCAACUUGGCCGCGAUACCCGAAGGCCAAAAGUAGAAAAUGACGAAAUGAUGGUACAUCAGCGUGCCCACUCCGUAUCAUCUACUCUGCAGACGGUGUCGCAGGGCGGGUACGCCACGGUGGGCCGCGCGCCGCGCGCCGCGCCCGCCGCCGCGCCCGCCGACGGCGCCGACAGCGGCGAGCAGCUCAUGCGCUACGAGAACGACCGCCUCAAGCUGGCGCUCGCGCAGAGCUCGGCGAACGCUAAAAAGUGGGAGGUGGAAUUAGCUACAUUGAAGAGUAACAACCUUCGACUCACGGCUGCUUUGCAAGAAAGCACUGCCAAUGUUGACGAGUGGAAGCGACAGCUCCAUCAGUACAGGGAAGAAGUGGCUCGUGCAAGACACUACGCUACGGGAAAGGGUGGAGAAGCAAACGAAGUAGAUCAAUUACGACAACGCGUCGCGCAGCUGGAAGCCGAGUUAGCGCAGAAGAACGAAGAACUCCUACAGAUUACGAAGUCGAAGAAAAGCGAACAGGAUGAAGAGGCUAAAUUAGCUCAAAGUCAGCUAGAGCUGGCGCUGGCUGCUCAGGACGGACAGCGGCAAGUGAUGCACGCGAUCAACGAACAGCUGGCGAGGCAGAUUACCGAACUGACCACCAUCCACCGCGAGAUCAGCACGGCGCUGCAGACAUGAGAGCGGCGCCGCCUGCCGCUGCUGCUGCGCGACCGGGACUGAGCCGCGACCGGCGCUCCGAGGGUGCAAGAGUUAUUUUAGACGGUACGUCUGUUUGUAUUGACGACUCUUUGUUUUGAUAUUCAUUUCAUAUAUGAACUUCGACCUUCAGAAUUCGAUGUAUGGUAGAAGUGGUAUUAAUCUCUAUUAUUUCUAUGUUCAAUUUAUACGAAAUGUGCCCCCCCCCACUUUCAAUUCAAAAUAUUAUACAAAAUUGGGAAAGUCGUUUACCUAAUUUAUCUUACUUUACGCAGCGUACUUGUAUAAGUCCCUAACAUUGUUCUGCCCAAUAGACGUCGAUGAAAUUGAAAGUUAUAUGUCAAUUUAAUAUAUUAUAUUGAUAAAUAAUUACCAAGUAUGAUUAUUAACUAAUAUGAUUUGGAUUCAAGUAAUUAUAACAUUUAAAAUGUAUGAGAAAAUAUAAACAGUAAGGAUCUGUAUACUU